AGCUACCGCUUCUAAUAAUAAUUAUUGUUUUACACAGGUUCAAAUGUAACAUUGGAGUGUAGUAGUGUGGGAAACCCCCCACCUCAAGUAACGUGGCACAAGUCUGGUGGCACAAUACCCCCAAAUAGGACAGAGCUGCUGCCUGGAGGACUCCAUCUUAGCCAUGUUAGGAAAGGAGAUGACGGAAUGUACAUAUGUGAAAUGAGCAAUGGAGUGGGGCAGCCUGUCAGACAUUCAACCAUGUUGUAUGUACAGGAGCCACCAGUGAUAGUGAGGGAAUCCAGAAAUCAGAUAGUGAAAGAAGGUGGAGACAUACAGCUGGACUGUGUGGUUAAGGGCUCACCUGCACCUAGAAUCACGUGGCUGCUGAAUGGAGAGCCAAUUACUAAUGACAGCCAUGUUGAAACUGCAGGUAAGCAGGAAGUCAUAACUAGCUGUCCAUUUCACAUAAUGGAAUAA